AUAGACGAUAGCCUAUAAAUUUCGAAAAGCGAUUUUAAUUGUAUUUUUUGCAUGUUCGCUGAUACGGUAUACCCAGCUAUUAUAUUUUAUCAGCCCUAUUUUAUGAGCAAUUGGCUAAAAAACAUUUUCCCAGACGAUUGUAAACAUCGAAACCAGCAGUUUCGCAAAAAAACUCGCUCAAAAUGAAGUCCGCUUUGGUUUGCCUGUUGAUCGCCCUCUUCGCCAUCCAACUAGGAGAAUGUAACGUAAACAGACAAGUACAAACCCGGUCUUUGAAAGCCGAAGAUAGAUCAGUAUGGGACACAAUGUACGCCGUGGCUCGCUUGCCCGGAGAUUUAAUUCGAAAAGAUUUUAUCGCUUUCAUUUUGGACUUAAUUAUCAUAUCGCAAUUCCUGCCGCUGCCCUGGAUAAUCGCUUUCGCUCUCAACAUGGUUUACAAGGUGUUGAAAUUCAUCCAUCCUGCAUACUGGUGGCUGUUCCCAGUACUAAGCCGGCCAACGUGCAAGGAUACGGUUUCAGUAAAUUGGUUUGAGGAUAAAAUCGGUCGUUUGGGACGGUUCCCGUUCCGUCCGGAAUCUGUUGAGAUCAACACCAGAGCUUUUUGGCAUGUCAAUGUUUACCAAAAUGAUGGCUACAGCUCGCCUGCCAGCGGAGCUUAUGAGAAAAGAUUUUAUCGCUUUCGCUACGGACGUGAUGGAGCUGGCGAAAACGCUGCCGCUUCCUAGGAUUAUUAAGUUUCUAAUGAAUAUUUGCAACAGGGUUCUGAAAUUCUACCACCCUGUUUACUAUUUCAUAUUUCCCAGCACCAAGCCGUACAGCGAGAAGAAGAGUAAAAAAAAAUAUUAAGCUGCUCCGAUUUGUCUCAUUUCCUGGUGGAUUGUUUUAUUGAUAGAAAUUUCAAAUUUACUUAAUUAUGUUCUGCAUUUGUGUAUUCAGGUAUAAAUAAAAAAUUGCUCAAUCUACG